AUGCUGUUUGACCGCUACCGCAAAGCCAAGCGCCCUGAUGAUGCCGUCAGACCUCUUCCAGCAAAGCCAAGCAAUUUAGCUGCUGCUUUAUUUCGUGCUCUAACAAAGAAAGCAUGGUACACCGAGAAGCAACGUCAAGAUUCAGGUGUCGACUUGACUCCACCACCAGCACCACCUCGCCAGUCAGCUUCAUUGCCAAACAUUGCUAGCUACGAUGUAUCCAAUGUCGAGAUGACAACCACUCCACCAACCCCUUCAUCACCGUCAUUACCCGUAUUGGAGUCACCCACACCCAAACCCACUAUCUCCACACCUGCUGCCACUCGCUCACGUGCCCCAUUUCCUGCACCUGACACCACUCAUUCGCGUGCUGCUAGCAAGCGUCAUUCAGCUGAACAUCGAGUUACUGCGUCAUUGGAUGACCAACGUAUGAAGCGAGUGAAACGGCAUUCCUUCACUUAUGGACGUAUUCAUGAUGACCUUGGUCGUUUGAAGGUGUCCGAUGAACCAAGCACUAGUGCGACAACCACUGUGGAGGUGGCACCCAAACGGUCUCAAAGUCAGCAGUUGCCUGUGAACCGAUUACAACCACGUGUGCAUGGACGGCAACAGCAACAGCAACAGCAAAGUGGUACUCCACUUUCAGCCGAACGACUUGCCGAGAUGCUUGCUAUGGAUUCAGAGUCUAUGUUGUUGAUUGAUGUACGCAACAUUCUUGAAUAUCAACGGCGUCGUAUUGAUGGCUCUUUCAAUGUCAAUUUACCAUCUUUACUUAUCAAGCGAUAUCAACGAGGCACUGUAUCGAACUUUAAUUUGGAGAACUUUAUUACAACGACUGAAGGAAGAGCCCGCUAUGUUGAGAAACGAGGAAGCAACCCUAAUCGCAAGCUGACUUGGGUGGUGUACGAUGAUGACAUGUUGCUGGAACGCACCUCGCAGGCAUGGACACUCUUAGGUGUUCUCGAGCGUGCCAUGGACAAUGAUCAUGUUUUCUAUCUACAAGGUGGCUUUAACGGAUUCCAUGCUCAUGAUACCUACUUGGUGGAUGGCUGCAGCGACGACGAUGAUGAUGAUAUGGGUCAUGGUGGAAGCCCAGAUGUCGACACUGUACUUUUGGAUGACAACAGCAAUCGUAAAUCGGUACAAUUUCCUCGUCGCUCAGUGAGUUACACCCUCGGCUCAACUCAUGACAAGACCCAUUUGCAUCGCCGCACCAGCCUCUUUAGCCUCGAUACUCAAGCGGCUCGUGCAAAUAAUGCAAACGCGCUGGCGCGUCGAGCCAACAAAAGAGCAGCUUCAUCCAGCAGCAACAGCAUUCACAAUGAUGUCACUAGCAACAAUAAUAACAACGACUUUUUGCUACCUGCACCACAACAGCUAUUGGUGGCACCAAGCGCUACGACGUCGACUGCUUCGUCAUUGGCACGUGUUGUGGAGGAUGAUGAUGAAGAAGCUACGAUACCACCCAUCACUUCACCACGCACCGAAACAGACUUUGAGUUUGUUAUUUCAGAAAUCAUUCCUGGAUUCCUCUUUGUUGGCCCUGAAAUUGAAACAGCUGAUCAUGCAGAACAAUUACAACAACGCCAUAUUCGACGUGUGCUCAACAUGGCUGAAGAAUGUAGCGAUGACAUUAUUCGAAACAGCAACGCCAUUGUAUAUCGAAAGAUUUCUGCCAGAGAUACCGUUGAAAUGAAAAACAUUGAUUGGGUCAUGAUGGAAGCUGUUUGCUUUAUCGAGGAUGCAAAACGCCAUCAUGAACCUAUCUACGUCCAUUGCAAGGCUGGAAAAUCACGCUCAGUGACAGCUAUCUUGGCGUAUUUGGUCUCAUCUGAACGCUGGACGCUCAAACAAGCUUAUCGCCAUGUCAUCAAGGCCCGUCCCAACAUGUCGCCCAAUAUUGGAUUCAUUGCUGAGCUAAUGAAAAUGGAGGGUCGUGUGCACGGACGUGUAAGCAGCUUCAUGGAAACCGAUUGGCAAUCCUCUUCCAUGCCUAGCCCAGAAUUCACUCGUGAACUAAAGGAGCUCGAACUUGCAUGGCAACAAACACCUUGUGAACCAGUGCCUUCCAUUGCUCUAAAGUAA